AUGCUUUGGAGACUCCAAUGCAACCAAUGGCUACCUGUUGCCGAGAAGACUAUUUCUAAUAUCGAGGCUUCGGGCAACGAUAUGUUCGUGUUUGGCAUCAGCGAGAGUGACGUUGGUGUUUUUUACCCGAAGAAUAACAAUGCUUAUCGUAUAAUAGCUCAGGCGUAG